CCAGCUUCACUGCAGCGAGUCGAGGUCUGUCUUGACAUACCUUUUGACGCUAUGGCCGACGACGUUACGAUCGAGAACCUUGCGACGGCACUCGGACACACGCACCUCAAACACCUCGGCUGCAACAUCUUUAUGCAAUUGGUCCGAUGCCCCGCAGCGGCGCCGAUGUUUCGUCAACUGCAAGAGCUCCAAGUAGUUGAGUUGCGAGCGGACGACGUCGACGCGUUCAUCAACGGUUUAUCGUAUCUCCCGGUGCUACAGUCCCUUAGCGUCGUACAGAGCGCGAUCGGCUCGCGCGACUUUGCGACGCUGGUCAUGGAAACCCUCAUCACGACAUGCCCACGACUGGAGAAUCUCCGCUUCGCUUCCGUCCCAUUGGACCGGAGUGGGGUUGCUGCGGUGCUUGCGGGCGUGCCGCGCCUUCCGCGCUUGAAAUGGCUGAAUGUGACGCCCACGCCCUCGAUGUUGCCGACAGACAUUUUUUACGUGCUCUCGGGGCUCAUUGCCGCGGGGCGGCACGUCCGCGACCUGCUCUUCUUCGUGCCCAUGCUGCAAGACGACGAUGAGCUUGCAGUCUUGCAGGCACUGGCGCUGGUCCGUGAGGUGCCGUUCAUUUGUGAGAAACUCCCGCCCAACGCCGACGCCUAUGUCGUCGAUGCCCUUGGUGCGCACAACAACAAACAGAGCGACCGUUGUCGUUUGCGGAUCUCGUGGUAAGCAGCCCAACACGUAUUUGACUUCUUUUAUUGCAGCACGUUGAAUCCUGCACGUGGAUG